AUGGGUGAAUCGAAUCUUUCACUCGUAUCUUCCCCUGAAAAGUCUCCCCUGAAAAGUCUCCGGUAUAUCAUCUACAAAGUCUCCGGUGUAAUCCACCAUCUCUCUCUCUGUCCUCAUACGAACAAAAAAACUGACGCCGUUGCCGUCGACGAACAGGCCGAUUUGACUAAAAAGGGUUCUCAGCUUGGGAAGCUUGUGCUGAGCUCGGGUCUCUUAGACAUCUCAUGGAGCAAGAUCUCGGAGUUACAUGCAUCAUCAUCAACCAAUCUGAAUAAAGAUCCAGGUCUUGUUUACAAGAUUUUCUAUGAAGCGAACCACACCUUUGUGGUUUUCGUGGCACCACCGAUUCGCAGAAACAGCUAUGAUUCUACUCGUCUUGAUGAGUCACAAGAUCUAAAUCCGUUUCGUUUCUUGUGCUCAGAGAAGUUCUUCUCAUUCUCUGUCUACACUCCUGCUUUCCAGCUAUUUUCCUCUGCCUACGACGAUCUCUAUGGGCUCAAAUCCGAGUUACUCAUGACUAAGAAAAUGGUUAUCAUCACCGGAGCUGCAUUAGGAGGAUCUGUCGCAUCUCUCUUUACACUAUGGCUUCUUGAAGCUAAAGGCCCAAGGCAAAAAAAACCCUUGUGCAUCACAUUUGGCUCGCCUUUAAUCGGAGAUGCUUCUCUGCAGCAUAUUCUAGAGACUUCGAUGAGGGAGUCAUGUUUCCUUCACGUAGUCGAUGCUGCACAAAGUCCCAUCACAGCGGGUUUCGAGCCUUUUGGAACGUUCUUGAUAUGUUUUGAUUCUGAAUGUAUUUGCAUCAAUGACCCCGAAGCUGUCGUGGAAUUGCUAGUCGGUCAUACUACAGAUCGAAUAGACUGGAUAGACUACGGCGAAAUUCUACAGCGCCUGAUUCAUUCCUCAAUGGCGGAUUCAAGACCGAUGAGCAUGAUUGAUGAUGUUUUUGAUCGAAUGGAGGAGCGUACGGCGAAGAAGAAGAUGUUGAAUGCUGACCUGGUUAAGAGAAUAAACGCACUGAAGAUACAAAUGGUGUACAUGGACUACUACAGAAAGUUAGGCAAGAAGAACAAAAUUGGUUAUUACGAUCACUUCAAGACCCAAAUCGAGUUUCCAACAAUGGGCAUUUUCAAUGUUAAAAAUCUAAAAAGAAGUCUAGAUGAAUACUGGAAAUCAGUGGUUGAAGAUGCAGAGGAGAUUAGCAAAACAUGGAUUUUCAAGAGUCAGUUUAUCCACUCUGGGGCCAAUUACAGACGAUUGAUCGAACCGCUCGACAUUGCUGAAUAUUAUCUCAAUGGCGGGAAAGAUUAUCGAACCCUGGGAAGGUCUCACCACUAUGUUAUGCUGGAGAAAUGGUUUGGAAACGUAACGAUGAAACCGAAUAGGGGUGGAGGGAGCGAUUUGAGUGAGCUUUUAACGUUUGAUUCUUGCUUCUGGGCUGAAGUUGAGGAAGCUCUGAUUGUAAUCAAUAUGCUGAAAACACACGCGGGGAUGAAAGACGAGGAGUUAAACUUAUUGGUGGAAAAACUCGUGAGGUUUGAGGAAUACGUGUGGAAUAUGAUAAAAAACCGUGAGGUUUCACCGGAUAUUUUCUUGGAGAGAAGCAGCUUCAUGAAGUGGUGGAAAGAGUACAAAGAGAUCAAAGGAAGUGAUGAGUUUAAUUCUUCAUCUUCACCAUUCACCAAGUUUAUGAACACUGGGAUGUACCAGAGUUAUGGUUUGCCCUCUCCAAACCUGGGGAACGACAUUAGUGGUUCAGCUACAGGACCACCUCCCGGUCCCAGUGAUAGACUGAAGAGCUCCGUUGACAAGGAGGAAGGCCAGAAGGUAGUUCAUUUGAAACUUCAUCUACGUAAUGAUGAGGAAACAACUAAGGCCCUUAACACAAUUGCUAAGAUCUCAGGAGUCUCUUCUGUAGUUGCGGAUGGGUACGAGAGGUUUAGUGUGACUUGGAAUGGGACAAUGGAUCCAGUAGAGCUAGUGAAAGAGCUGAGUAAAUACUGGCCGGCUGAAAUAAUUAGUGUUGGUUCCAGUAAGAAGAUCCAGCGACAGAAGGAAAGUAGUGAGGAAGCACUAAAGGGUUCUCAGCUUGGGAAACUUGUGCUGACCUCGGGUCUCUUACAAAGCUCAUGGAGCAAGAUCUCGGAGAUACAUGCAUCAACAUAUCCGAAUCAAGAUUCAGCUCUAGGAUUCAAGAUCUUCAGAGAAGCGAAAUGCACAUUUGUGGUUUUCGCGACACCACCAAUUUUCAGAAACAGCUCUUUUAACUCUGCUUCUACUCUUCUUCCUAGGACACAAUAUCCAAAUCCGUUUCCUUUCUUGUGCUCCGAACAUAUCUCCUCAUUCUCUGUCCACACACCUGCUUUUGAGCUAUUUACCUCUGCCUAUGAAGACCUCUCCAUUCUCAAAGACGAGUUACUCCAGUCUAAGAAACCAGUGAUCAUCACCGGAGCUGCGUUAGGAGGAUCGGUUGCAUCUCUUUUUACGCUCUGGCUUCUAGAAACAGUCGAUCCACGACAAAAACAUCUCUUAUGCAUCACAUUUGGCUCGCCUUUAAUCGGAGACGCUUCUCUGCAGCAGAUUCUAGAGAAUUCCGUGAGGAAUGCAUGUUUCCUUCACGUGGCUGAUCCUGCACAGACUGCUAUCACGGCGGGUUUCAAGCCCUUUGGAAAAUUCUUGAUCUGUUUUGACUCCGGCUGUAUUUGCAUUGAGGACCCUGAGGCAGUCAUGGAGCUGUUAACCGGUGUUAAUACAGAUCUAGUAGACUACGGUGAAGUUCUACAUCGUCUGGGCCAAUCGGUGUUGUCUAUGGCUGAUCCAAUAUUGAUCCCUGAUGAUGUUAUCGAUCGAAUGGAGGAGCGUGCCAAACAAAAGAAGCUACGGCGUUUUGAUCCGUCUAAGAAACUAAAGGACAUGAGGACAUCGAUGUCAUAUAUAGAGUGGUACAAAAAGAAAAGCAAGGAGGAGAAGAUUGGUUACUACGAUCGGUUCAAGACCCAAACUGUGUCUCCCACUUCAGAGUUUGAUAUUGAUAUCAAGAAGUGCAAGAAAGAGCUAAACGAUUACUGGAAAUCGCUGGUUGAAGAACUAGAGAAGAAGCCUCAGAGUGAUUUAUUGAUUCUCAGCGGACGGUUUCUGUUCUCGGGGAACAAUUACAGACAGUUGGUCGAACCGCUUGAUAUUGCUGAAUAUUACAUCGAAGGAGGGAAAGAGUAUUUGGUUAGAGGAAGGUCUCGCCACUAUGUUAUGCUCCAGAAAUGGUUUCAGGAGGAAUCGCUAAAACCGAUUAGAGAUGAAAGGAGAGAUCUGAGUGAUCUUUUAAUGUUUGAUUCUUGCUUCUGGGCUGAAGUUGAGGAAACUCUGAUUGUAAUCAAUUUGCUGAAAAGACAAGUGGAGAUCAUUGGAGAUGACAAGAGAGAGUUAUUGAUCAGAAAACUCGUAAGGUUUGAGGAAUACGUGUGGAAUAUGAUAAAAAACCGUGAGGUUUCACCGGAUAUUUUCUUGGAGAGAAGCAGCUUCAUGAAGUGGUGGAAAGAGUACAAAGAGAUCAAAAGAAGUGACCCGUUUAAUUCUUCAUCUUCACCAUUCACCGAGUUUAUGAACACAGGGAUGUACCAUUGUUAUGGUUUGUCCUCUCCAAACCUGGGGAACGACAUUAGUGGUUCAGCUACAGGACCACUUCCCGGUCCCAGUGAUAGACCGAAGAGCUCGGUUGACAAGGAAGAGGGCCAGAAGGUAGUUCAUUUGAAACUUCAUUUACGUGAUGAUGAGGAAAAAACUAAGGCCCUUAGCACAAUUGCUAAGAUCUCAGGAGUCUCUUCUGUAGUCGCGGAUGGGUACGAGAGGUUUAGUGUGACUUGGAAUGGGACAAUGGAUCCAGUAGUGCUAGUGAAAGAGCUGAGUAAAUACUGGCCGGCUGAAAUAAUUAGUGUUGGCCCCAGUAAGAAGUUCGAGCGAAAGAAAGAAAGUAGCGAAGAGCGACCAAAUAAGCAAAUUGAAUUGAGUGUUAAAACCCAAAAAAUCAAGGAUGAAGAGAGUGUUUUGUCUAGUGACUCGGGUUCAGGGUCCAUCAUCGCAACCGAUACAGGUAUAUUAGUCUUUUCGUGCAAUGGCAACGAUGUGGACGAGACACUUUUCAUCGAAGCCAUCUUAAACGGGUUGCACAGACGAGAGGUCACACCUUUGAAAUAUAAUUUAUCCGGGAGAGAGAGCCUGGACCCGGAGAUGCUUUACAGUAGUGUUGGUAUCAUGGUACUUUCAAAUAGUUUUGCUCGUAGUAGUCAGUCCUUGGAUCAUCUGGUGGCAAUCAUGGAACACUGGAAGGCAAAACACCUUGUAAUUAUUCCUGUAUAUAUUAAGGUAACACCUUCGGACAUUUGUCGGUUGGAAGACUGGGUUGAAGCAUCAGUACAGCUGCAGUAUUUAAAUUCCGUUCAGAAAUGGAAGGCGGCUAUGAUUGAGUUGGCGUCCAUCGAUGGACAUCAAUGGGCAGAGCGGACUCAGUUUACGCUUGCUGAGGAAGUUGCAAGAGAUGCAUGGCUAUAUUUAAAAAAUUGUAAGAAUGUGGUGAGAAUCUUAGCAUUGUUAAAACACUCUCAGCCUUCAGACGCUGAGAUUGUGGGAAUCUGGGGUAUGGCAGGAAUAGGUAAGACAUCCAUUGCUAGAGAAAUAUUUGGAAUUCUAGCUCCAGAAUAUCAUUCGACCUGCAUUCUGGAAGACUUUUAUCUAUUGUGUCAAAAAAAAGGACUGAGACAAAUGCGUGAUGAUUUCUUCUCAAAAGUAUUUGGAGAAGAAAACCUAAGUUCGUGUGAUAUAAAACCAAGUUUCAUGAGAGAGUGGUUCCUCAACAAAAAGAUUCUCGUUGUUCUUGACGGCGUGAGUAAUGCUAGAGAUGCAGAAUACGUAGUUGGAGGGUUUGGCUGGUUUUCUCGUGGACACAGAAUCAUCUUAACCUCUAGGAGAAAACAAGUUCUUGUUCAGUGUAAGGCUGAAGAGCCAUAUGAGAUCAACAAAUUAUGCGAGUUUGAAUCUAUCCGUCUCUGCAAACAAUUUUUUAAUGGAGGAAAAAGUGGGAUCAUCUCAGAGCUUAUUUACUGCAGUAGUGGUAUUCCAUUGGCUCUUGAAGUUUUGGGUUCCUCUGUAUCAAAAGAGCAGCAUAUAAAAAACAUGAAGCUACAUCUCCAAAGCUUGCGGAUAAAACCUCCAAUUCAGAUGCAAGAAGCAUUUGAGAGAAGCUUUGAUGGACUAGAUGAAAACGAGAAGAACAUAUUUUUGGAUCUUGCAUGUUUUUUCGGAGGGGAAAACAAAGAUUAUGUGGUGCAAUUACUUGAUGCUUGCGGGUUAUUUACAUCUUCGGGAAUCUAUAGUCUCAUUGACGAGUCUCUUAUUAGUCUUCUGGAUGAUAAGAUAGAGAUCCCUAUUCCUUUUCAAGACAUGGGUCGAUUUAUUGUUCAGAAAAAAGAUGAUAAUCCAUGCGAACGUAGUAGAUUAUGGGACUCUAAAGACAUCAUUGCUGUAUUGACAAAAAAUUCAGGAACAGAAGCAAUCGAGGGCAUCUUCCUGGAUACGUCUGACUUGACCUGUGACUUGAGUCCUACUGUGUUUUGUGAGAUGGACAGACUUAGAUUGCUGAAAUUCUAUCGUUCCACCUCUGGGAAGGAGUGCAAGCUAAAUCUACCACCUCAAGGCCUAGAAAUUUUGCCUGAUGAGCUACGGCUACUUCACUGGGAGCAUUACUCUUUCAAAUACUUACCUCAGAAAUUUGAUCCGGAGAACCUUGUAGAGAUAAACAUGCCUUAUAGCGACAUGGAGAAGUUAUGGGAAGGGAAGAAAAAUCUCGAGAAGCUAAAGAAAAUCAAAUUGAGUCACUCCAGCAAAUUAACUGAUAUCCUGGUGCUAUCAGAGGCCCUCAACCUUGAACAUAUCGAUCUCGAGGGAUGUACUAGUCUUGUUGACAUUAGCACAUCUAUUCCUCGUUGUGGGAAGCUUAUUUCCAUGAAUAUGAAAGACUGUUCUCAUCUGCGAAGUCUCCCUGCCAUGGUUGAUUUGACUUAUCUGAAGCUUCUUAAUCUGUCUGGCUGCUCAGAUCUCAAGGAGAUUCAGGAUUGUGCACCAAACUUGAAAGAGUUAUUUCUAGCUGAGAGUGGCAUAACAAAGCUUCCAUUGUCAAUUGCUAAUCUCACUGAACUUGUUACGCUAGAUCUGAAAAACUGCACAAGGCUUCAGCAACUGCCAUCCAGAAUAAGAAAGUUGAGAUCUAAAAUUGACCUGAAUACCUCUGGCUGCACAAGUCUUCCGAGCUUUCCAGAAUUCAAGGCAUCAGUGAUGAUGCUUGAAGACUUCCUUACCCAACAAGGCAUUUCUGUAUAUAUUUUUUAG